AUGGCAGAUACUCCUAACAUGCAUUGCGAGAUGAGGGAGAACCUUAUCUCUGGAACGAAUCAGGUCGGCAACCGUGACAUCGGGAGAGACACAGUCCAGAACAGUAUCAGUUUUAGAGGUUCCGGGAGAGAUCUUAUACUAGGAUUGGUGGGUUUGGUGGUUGUUGUGGGAAUAGUGGCUGUGGCCGUUACCGUACCUCUCAAACUCGUGCACAACACCUCUGGAGCCUCCACCGACAGCGGAUCUAAAGAUCUCAAACCAUCCACAAGUUUUCCACUCUCUUCAAGUAUCUUGGAAGCUCCACCUGAAAAGCCUGCCACUCCAGCCUCGUCAUACCCCCUUAUGUCCGCACUCGCCACCGCACUCUCAAGCAUCAGCCGUGCCACCUCUCCAACGCCCCAGCCUCCCGCUCCUGCGAUCCAGUCUGCCUCCCCAAUACUCCAAUCACCCUCCCCAACCCGAAAAGAAGCAAUAACGUCCUAUGCCGCCCUCCUCACCCCGGGCGCACUCUGCACUGCAGACUCGCAAUGCUCGCCAAACAUCUGCUACAAGGAACCCAAUACCGUGACGUACUGCUGCGGGCCAACGAUAACGGGGUGUCCCGGGUGGCCGUGUAGCGACCCGGGACAUCGCGACUGCAAAGAUCCGUUCAAGUGUGACUUCCAGGCGUUCACUUGUUCGUUGGGGUAG